AUGGGGGACUCGUUGUCUGUAGAGCUCUGGUCACACUGGCUUGCUGACCUCGCACUCAAGCACGAAGCCGUGAUUAUCAGUCCCAACCAUCGUCUCCUCCCCGAGGCAAACGGGCUAGACAUUUACAAGGACAUUGAGGACUUUUGGACAUGGGUUCACUCUGGUGCCCUAGAGUCGCUGCUCAGUGCGCACACCACCCCCACGGAGAUUGAUCUUACCCGGGUUCUGACCGCAGGCGAGUCCGCCGGUGGCCUGCUCAGCAUCAACCUCGCGCUGUCCCACGCAAAGGAUAUUCGCGCCGCGACCGGCGUCUACCCGACGCUGGACAUGCGAUCCACCGAUUGGACUGCUCCGCGUACAGUCCUACCAAUGGGUAUGGACGUUCCCCAAUCCGUCAUCGACAGCACCCUCGCGUCCGUCAUCCCCGGCAGUGUUAUCUCCUCUGUACUUCCACCCGACCGCGUUCCGCUGCUUAUCGCGACUAUCCAGCACGGACGGCUACCGGCAUUAUAUGAGCGAGGGGUGGAGGUUUCGUCGCUGGAUCUGCUGUAUCCCGACGCGAGGUUGGAAAGACAGGGGGUGGAGAUUCCGAAGGGAGGGAUCGUGUUGAUUCAGGGGGGGCAGGACAGCGCUGUCCCGGCGAGAGGCGCGGAGAGGUUCAUCGAAAAGGCGCGUAAUGCGACAAAGGGGCAGCCGGGGAGCGAUAAGCUGGUUCUGUCAAUCCGGGAUGGAGAGCAUGGGUUUGAUUUGGACAUGAGAUACGAUGAGGAGGCGUGGCUGCAGGACGCGUUGAAGCGGGCGGUCCAGGCGUGGCUGCAGUGA